ACAAAAUUCAACACGCCGGCCACUCUAAUAAUUGAGCCUUUUCUCUUCCUUUGCACAAUACACUCAUUUUGUUCCAUUCAUAUACCCAACCUCCCUAAACGGACAGAAAAACGAGCAGGUUGGGAACAUGGAUAAGGUCUCUCAGUUCUACCCAAAAAUCCGGCCCAUCAGGUCCCUCAAUCCCGGUGAAUGUUUUCUCGUUCAAUAUCGCGAUAGAGAGAAGAAAGAGCUCUGGAUUGGUGUCAUCUGCUCUCGGGAUAUGAUAUCUGACGAAGUCUGGCGCCAUCGUCGGAUCGGUUCGCUCCCCAAAAACGGCCAGUGGAAGACUCAACUUGAUCGUCGUCAUUAUCCUGUAUACCUUCCGAAGAAGGGGAAAGUAAUAUGGGUACACUUCAUUCAUCUGUUCGAAAUCCACCGCGCACGAUACGAUGAAUUUGACGCUUCCCCUGAUUACUCAGAGUUCUGCGAAGUUCUCAACUGGGUUUUGGAGGGCCAGGAUAUUACAUUUUGGGAACGGAUGGCGCCUGGGGAGUUUAAGGCGCGAAAAGAAAUGACGCAGGGCAAACUGCAAUCACUCGUGGCUGCUGCGGGUACUUUCACCAAGAGGAUUCAGCAAAUUAGCCCUCCAGCCCAGAGUAACAGAGAUAAUGAUGGAUAUAUUUUAUCAGACGACAGCGUCGAAAAACCAGUUGCCCAGGUUGCGGAAGCCGCCCAGACCGCCAAAGUACCGGAUUCUCAAGAAAGGGCUCGCUGCAAUGAGCCUCUCCAGUGCAGAGUAGAUGUAUACAUUGGAACAGGAGCUAGCAGCAAAGUCUACAACAUGCCACGCCAAUGCCUCACUAAAUCCGGCUUCCUGGAGAGAUGCCUCAUGACGCGAAACCAAUCCACAAUUGCCAGUGAUCCAGUUCUCGACAGCACCUCCCACGCCGAUUUCGCAGUGCUACUCUCCUUCCUAAAGAUUGGGGAAUAUACCCCUCAACUCAUCGCUUCAUGGAGAAGACAUCACCAUCUCGAGAGGGAACCUCCUCCCACUGCCCCCAAUCGCGGUAUAACCUUCUACCUCGAAGGUCUUGUCACCCACGAAGAGCAUGAGAAGGAAGUCCUGCGCUGCGGAUACAUCUAUCUACUAGCGCAGAAAUUUGAGAUACCAGCAUUGCAAGCGCUCGUUCUACGGAAACUCCGUCUCGGAUUUCCCGUGAUCAGUUACAAGACGAUGUUGACGCUGGUUGCAUAUGUGUUUGCACGACUUGAUGCCAAUAAUCACACCGUGGAUCCAGGUAGUAGCCCCCUGCUAACGGGGACUCCAACAACUGGGGCUCCUCCGUCAAGUACACUGGCAGAACACCAUGCGAAGGAAGAGCCGUUGAGGGCGUACCUGAUUGAGUGGCUGGUUGUGCAUAUGACCGCUGCAUCGAGGACUGAGGGGCGCUUGUACUGGGACACUGUCACGGUACAAGCUGCAUGGCCAUACCUAUCCAUGGAUGUACAGUACAAAGACUGGUGA